CCUCCGGCCAGUUGACGUGUCGCGCGCGUCUUUUUUCGCGGUUUUUCCGACCGAUUUCGCGCGCCGCAUUUUCUAACCCUUGGGAUUUCGCGAAAAUUAUUCUCAUCCCCGAAAACGUUCGAAAAUAUCACGACCAUGAUUUUCGUCCCGUUUCCGGAAAGCUAUAUGUGAAAAUAUUCGAUUAAUUCAGUGUUUAAAUGUAGUUCAACAAGUUGCACUCCGACAUCAUAUUUUUUCCUCGAGGAGAUUUCUGGGCAACUGGCCUUGAUGCCAGCACGGAAGGGGCUGUUAGCGCCCCAAAACACAUUUUUGGAUACCAUAGCAACUAGAUUUGAUGGAACUCACAGCAACUUCGUGCUAGGAAAUGCCCAAGUACCCAGCCUAUAUCCCAUUGUAUAUUGUUCGGACGGAUUCUGCGAACUUACGGGCUUCCAGAGGGCUCAGAUAAUGCAGAAGGGGUGCGCCUGCAAAUUCCUUCAUGGGCCCGAAACCAAAGAUGAACACAAGACUCAAAUCGACAAGGCUUUGGAGUUCAAGAAUGAACUCAAAUUGGAAGUUAUUUUUUAUAAGAAAAAUGGAACCCCCUUCUGGUGUUUGCUGGACAUCGUUCCUAUCAAGAAUGAAAAGAGAGAAGUGGUGCUUUUUCUCGCCUCGCAUAAAGAUAUCACGAACACGAAAAUGGCGGAAAUGUCGGAUUCCGAGCUCUAUGACAGCGACGCUAAUGGUAACUUGGACCCAGAAGCUCCUCCCGCCAACUAUGGAAGAAGAAGAUCGAGGGCUGUACUGUACCAGCUCAGUGGACAUUACAAGCCGGUUAAGAUGAAGACCAAACUGAAGCUAAAUAACAACCUAUUGAGUUCUACUCCAGCCCCGUUGCCAGAAUAUAAGACGGCUUCAGUGAAAAAGAGUAGGUUUAUCAUAUCCCAUUACGGGAUGUUCAAAAGCGUCUGGGACUGGCUGAUCCUGACAGCUACGUUUUAUGUGGCAGUUGUGGUGCCUUACAAUGCUAGCUUCACCAUAAUUGAGAGGCCCUCUGUGGCUGUUGAUGUUUUCGUCGAAGCGCUGUUCAUUAUGGAUAUAUGUUUGAACUUCCGAACAACCUUCGUCAACAGAAAGGGUGAAGUUGUUUCUAAUGGAAAGCUAAUAUCAGUGCACUACCUCAAAACUUGGUUCCUUGUAGACUCUUUAGCAGCCCUGCCCUUCGACCUUCUUUAUGUGCUUUACGGAGAGGAUAGAGAUGUCCCAGCGUUUGCUCGUUCUCAUAUACACCUAAUAAAAUUAACAAGACUCCUUCGACUAGCCAGAUUGCUUCAAAAAAUGGAUAGAUAUUCUCAAUACAGCGCAAUGAUUCUUACCCUAUUAAUGCUUUCUUUCACCCUUGUGGCCCACUGGCUAGCUUGCAUCUGGUAUGUGAUAGCUGAUAAGGAAAUGGAGAGAAAUGAUUUAGGCUGGAUACACAAUCUCGCUGAGAGGUUAAAGAUAUUGAACGUGUCAUUAAUAUCAAACACGGACGCCUACGUGACUGCCCUUUAUUUCACCUGUUCAAGUUUGACGAGCGUUGGCUUCGGCAAUGUGAGCGCAAAUACCACCAGUGAAAAGAUCUUCAGUAUAUGUGUAAUGCUUAUUGGUGCUCUUAUGCAUGCAGUAGUUUUCGGUAACGUCACUGCUAUAAUCCAGAGGAUAUACUCGAGAAGAUCCCUCUAUCAUAGCAAAUGGCGAGAUCUGAAGGACUUUCUCACACUCCAUCAAAUACCGAAGGAGCUGAAGCAAAGAAUGCAAGAUUAUUUUCAGACUAUGUGGAGUCUUAAUCAUGGGAUAGAUAUUCAUGAGACACUAAAAGAAUUCCCGGAGGAGCUACGGGGCGAUGUUUCGAUGCACCUUCAUCGGGAGAUACUCCAGCUUCCAAUUUUCGAGGCGGCAUCGCAAGGUUGUCUGAAGUUGCUGUCUCUACACAUCCGAGCGAAUUUCUGCGCUCCGGGCGAGUACCUAAUCCACAAGGGGGACGCCCUGAGCUAUAUAUACUACAUAUGCAACGGAUCCAUGGAGGUCGUACAAGAUGACAUGGUUGUCGCUAUUCUAGGAAAGGGAGACCUCGUAGGGAGUGACAUAAACCUUCACCUUCAGCACACCUCCUCGAACGGUGUUUCUUCAGAUAAUAGGGGUGGCGCUGGAUGUAUAGACAUUGUGAUUAAGUCAAGCAGUGAUGUUCGCGCUUUAACUUAUUGCGAUCUUAAGUGCGUUCACAUGCAGGGAUUAGUAGAAGUGUUACGGUUGUAUCCGGAAUACCAACAGCAGUUCGCCAACGAUAUACAGCACGAUUUGACGUUCAAUGUUCGUGAAGGAUACGAGGCGGAGCAAGAAUCGGAAGGAAACGGCAUGCCCUCUCUCACGUUGCCCAGCAUCAGCGAGGAUGACGAGAACGCUCAAGAAGAGGAGGAGGGUGGAAACAGCCCCAUCAGUCCCAACAGGUCCCCGCUUCACAUUGCAAACCUGAGCAACAGCCCAAGACACGCAAAAUUCAAUCUCAGAUUGCAAGAAAUACAAGAAAACAUCAAAUUGAGGCCACGUAUGGGUGGCAUCGCCACCAAUCACCUGGCCAUGCUUCGUCAGAGGGUAGAAAGGCAGAGGAGCGUGAACAUACCCGUACGACAAUCGAUGCAUGCAUCUUCCGACGAUGUGAGCGCCGAAGAAAAAGACGUCGAGGGCACAAAACGCCACAGCGUUGAAAAACUCGACUCGCAAAUUUCGACCCUACACCAAGACGUAGCCGCAUUAAGCAUAGAGGUACGGAACGCAAUCCAGGCCUUGCAGGAGAUGAAAACACCGUCUACAGGAGUGUCAUCGUCUUUCAACGCGAUUUCCAACCCUAAUUUGGCACGUGCCGGUGAUAACUUCGGAGGAAAUGGUAUCUUGGCGAGAAGUUCAUCCCAUCCCCCAGAAAUGUUUUGCUGGGACCCCGACGAACCCACGUUAGAACCUCCUAGACAAAUAAGGCACACCGUCGAUGCGGAAACGCAAACCAACGAUGAGCUGAUCAAGGAAUUCGUCUUGCAGAAUUCGGACAAGAUCAUGCAGUUUUUAGGGCUGAGUAGUGAUAAGAUCAAACAAUGCAGGUUGAGGAAGAGUUAUAGUGUUUCGGACGAAAGGGCUGUUGUUAGAUUCGAUAAGAGCGCGAAAGAUACGGAAGAUUGUUCGAUAGAUAUCGAAGAAGAGCAAUUAUCGCCUUCGGGCACCUUGAGGAGUAAUUCUACCGAGCAUCAUAAAGUUCAAAUAUUCGGAAAUUUCGCCACUCCGACAUCGAAGUUGUAUCGUCAGCUCAAGGAGAAUAAUUACGGCGAUAUUUGAAGGGCGUCAUAAAAAUUUUCGUUCAUUUUGCGAGUAUAAAAAGUGUGUCUGAGUGUUGAAUACUCAUUAUUUCUAUGAAAAGGUUAUGUGAAUUUCGACUCUUUCAAUUGUUCAAUCGAUUAAACACAAAAGCCUCAUCAUAAAUCCGCAGGCA